AUGGCGAAUAACCCUAGAGUCUUCCUCGAAAUCACCGUCAACUUCAAAACAGUUGGUCGGAUCGUGAUAGAGCUCUUCGCCGACACGAACCUAGUGACGGCGGAUAACUUCCGGGCUCUCUGUACAAGGGAGAAAGGCAUAGGAGGCGAAUCAAUCUAUGGCCAUCCUUUCAAAGACAAGAACUUCGAAAAGAAAUACAACCGUAAAGGUAUACUCUCCAUGUCCAGCAGUGAUGAAAACACGUACGGAUCUCAGUUCAUGCUCCUCAUGACGGAGUCGCCUGACCUCGAUGGUGAAGUUGAUGGGUUUGAUGUGAUUAGUCGCGUUGAGAAGAUGGCUGGAAGUGGAUUGAGAUACCCUUCAAGGCCCAUGACGAUCUCAGAGUGCGGUCAGAUUUUUCCAGAGUCACCAAUGGUAGGCUACUCUCUCCAGGAAAAUUUUCAGAUGUUGCAGAAUCAGUUGCGAGCUUUGCAACUGAAGGUGGCCGAGAUGGAGAAUAUACUGGCAAAGCAGACCAUUUCAUAUGAAAUGGGAAACGACAUAAUCAAGAUAGAGGAGUCGUUGGCACUGCAGGCGAUGCUCAUGGCACCUCUUACCCACAGAGCAUUAGAAAAUGAAGAAGAUGGCGCUGGUCAUGACAUACCUGAAGAGCAGUAG